AACUUGUUCCUAACCAGUACGCGCAAAGUCAAACGCGUUUUCCUUCCAGGCUCCCGUAGAGGAAGGACUCAGGGUUUUGGCGCCCGCCCAGUGUUGCAGGCUAGAGAUAAAGAACAGGUUGACCGCGUGGUGAAGAGUCAUCAGAGGAGCGACGACUCUUGUUUUCAGGGUGUGUGUGUGUGCGUGUGUGUGUGUGUGUAUGUACGCAGAAAGUUCAUUGGGAGCACAACUUUGUGUACAACUUGGCGUAAAUUUCAGUGCUUUCACCAAAACGAUCCGGAGGAAGCUGUGCUCUAUCGGUUGGACUUCGAGGCGGGCGACGCAGUUUGAGCAGAAAGAGUGAGGCACAACGUUACCAAAACAGUGUUACAAACAUUAGCUAUAACAUUUAUUCCUGUUCACUGCACAACAUGGGGAAGAAGCAGAAUAUGAAGACGAAGAAGGAUGCACAGGAGACUCAGGAGGAACCUGAGGAAUUCGUCGUGGAGAAAGUGCUCGACCAACGUCUUGUCAACGGGAAAGUAGAGUUCUUCCUGAAGUGGAAAGGAUUUACAGAUGCAGACAACACCUGGGAGCCAGAGGAGAACCUUGACUGUCCGGAGCUGAUUUCAGCAUUUUUAGAGGCACAGAAGAAUGUGAAGGAGAAGCCUGCUCCCGUGAAGAGAAAGGCAUCAACAGACGAGCCGGAGACAGAAGCCAAGAAGACAGAUGUUAUGAUGGUUAGUACAGAUAAAGAAGGAGAUGCAGUAGGAGAGGCUGGAGGAGGGAGAGCAGGAGAGGCUGGAAGAGAUGGAGGAGAAGAGGCUGGAGGAGGUAGAGGAGGUAGAGGAGGAGAAGCUAGAGGAGGUAGAGAAGAAGAGGCUGGAGGAGGUAGAGGAGGAGAAGCUAGAGGAGAUGGAGGAGAAGCCAGAAGCUCACAGGCAGAGAAACCACGAGGAUUUGCCAGGAAUCUUGAACCAGAACGGAUCAUUGGUGCAACAGACAGCAGCGGGGAGUUGAUGUUCUUGAUGAAAUGGAAAGAUUCUGAUGAAGCAGAUUUGGUCCCGGCCCGAGAGGCCAACACCCGCUGCCCCCAGGUGGUCAUUUCUUUCUAUGAGGAGAGGCUGACAUGGCACGCCUGUCCAGAGGAUGAAGCUCAGUAGGACUGUCCCCCUUGGUUCUGCAGUUCCUUGCAUCACCACUUCCCUUUUCCUCAGGACUGAUUUGUCUACUCUGGCUUGCCCUCUAGUUUUAGUGAUCUUAGUUUUAUUUCAAAGAUGUUUCAACCCUCGCAUUGUUCAGCAGUCAAGGAGAGCUUUGUUCUAGUUCAUAUGAUCUGGAUGGAUCAUUAAGAGAGCAGGUGAUGGUUUUGUGACCUUUGUCUUCCAGUAGCAUUAUGUUUGAUGUGAAGGAAGUUUAGUUAAACUAUACGCUUUAAUAGAAACCACCAAGGUCCAUAUUAAUACACAAAUAAGUUAUGUAAAUUCUAAAUUUGUCAGUUAAACUGUUGACCACCUCCAGGACCGUCUGAAUCAGUCUCCUGCAUGAGAUGGAUUUUUUUCUUUUUACUCUUGUUCUACUGUUUUGUUCUCAAAGUGAAUUUUGUAUAAUCAGCUUGUAAAUAUAAUUUGAAGUUCUAAUAAAGGUUUAUGUGACCAAAUUA